AGGAAGAAUCCAGAUAUGGUAUUGGACAGGAGCAAUGUCUCAGACGUUCUGUUACAAUUCUAAGCCUUUCUGCUCCCUAGUUGCUACCAUCAGAAAUUGCUCUCAAAUAUUCCGUCUUUUCAGUUCUCCAAGAGCCUUUUUUCCACAUCAAAAAGGCUAGGCUGGAGGCUGCUUACCUAUAUAUAUAAUCUUAUUCCAUUCUUCCUCGUCUCACGAUUCUUGGUAGUAUUUAUCAUUCACAGUGGGUGAAUUAUCUUGGUCCCUCAACUAUAUUGGCUUGCUAAAAUGAAUUCGCAUGUUUUGUCUAAGCAGGCUAAGGAGGGCUGGGAUCAUAUCAAAUCUCUCUACCAAAUAAACGAUCAGGCCAUUAACUCGCUCAUGGAUAUGAUGGGACUCGGGGAGGUAAAGACUCGCCUCGUUAAAAUUGCUUUUAGAGUUAUCUCUACAAAGUCCCAUACAUUUCAACCGUUACCUAGAGAUUUGAGUCUCUUCUUUGUAGGAAAUCCAGGCACGGGAAAGUCCUCCGUCGCUGAGCAUUAUAUCCGAUUCCUCCAAAACCACAUGUACGUAAAUUGCCCAGUCGCACGAUUCGGGAGGGAUGAAUGUACCCUGUCACACUUACCAAUUCUUACAAACAAGAAGCGCAUUGUCUUCAUCGACAACUUUGACGACAUAGAAACAAUAAGCGCUUAUCGGAUCGCUGUAGACAUACAGAGGCUUCAAGAUGAUACUGUCUUCAUUUUCAUCGCCUCAGAGAGUGUAGUUGAUACGAUGACUGCCGAACUCUCGGGGCUUGGGGUCAUUGUGCAUAUGACGAUUCAUUUCUCAGAUUUCUCAGGAGACGAGCUCCGUUGGCAUUUUGAUCAAGAAAUAACUAAAAGAUAUGGUGAACCCAAGGAACUCGAGGAUUCGCAUGUACAAAUACUUAUUCAGCGAAUGUUAAAAAUGCAGGGAACGACAGGUUUGAGCAACAUUUGGCUAGUUCGAGAAACAGUUGCUAAGAUUAUGGAUCGGCAGUCGAAGCGAAUAUAUGAAGGAUUCUUGGGUGGCAACGUUGUGUAUUAUUCCGUUUUGACUCGGGAAGAUGUGAUUGGCCCGUCACCAUCGAAAUCUUUACAAGACAUUGAAGCUUGGCAGAAACUUCAAAAGAUGGUUGGUUUAAAAUCUGUCAAGACUGCCGUCGAGUCCCUAAUUCACCAACUGCAGUGGAAUUACGAGAGAGAACUACAGGGAUUAGCACCCAACAUAACUACCACAAACCGAUUAUUCCUAGGCAAUCCAGGGACGGGAAAGACAACUGUUGCUAAGCUUUAUGCUCAGAUAUUGGCCGAUGCAGGCCUCCUCAGUAGCUCGGAAGUUAUGGUCAAAACGCCAGCUGAUUUUAUCGGUCGAUAUAUCGGCCACUCGGAAGCGAAUACAAAAAAAAUACUCAAGGCAGCCAUGGGAAAGGUCCUAGUCAUUGACGAAGCUUACAUGCUAGGAAAUAGUGGAGAUCAUGACAAGCCUGAUAUAUUUCGGACUGCCGUGAUCGAUACUCUUGUUGGGGAAAUACAGGACAGUGAUAACCAAGAUCGGUGCAUUCUUUUACUUGGGUACCGCCGUCGGAUGGAAAAUAUGUUUAGGAACACAAACCCGGGACUACCUCGCAGAUUCCCUAUCUCGUCGGCGUUUGAAUUUGAAGACUACACCAACGAAGAACUUCAUGAGAUCCUUGAACUAAAACUAGCUGAACUACGCUUGGAGGCUACUGAUGAGGCUAAGAAAGUAGCAAUGGAGAUACUUGAACGUGCACGGAACUCCACCAUGUUUGGGAACGCGGGGGAGGUUGAUAAUCUCUUGUCGAGAGCAAAGGAACGGCAGCUCGGAAGACUUCGGAAUGACACAAACUUGGAUAUCAAGUCUAUGUCAACUCUUGAGGCGCAGGACAUGGAUGCGGACUUCAACCGUGCCCAUGAGAGUACGAAUAAUGUUAAGGAAUCUUUCGAAGGCAUGGUGGGCCUUGAGGCUCUGGUGGAAAAGCUCGAGGGCUGGCAGAUCCUUGUUCAAAAUGCGCGGGCUACAGAACUUGAUCCAAGGGAUCUCAUACCUUUUAACUUCCUCUUCCGCGGUCCCCCGGGCACUGGCAAAACAACCACUGCAAGGAAAAUGGGCGGGAUAUUUUACGACUUGGGUUUCCUUGCUACGAUGGAAAUUGUCGAAUGUUCGGCAUCGGAUUUAAUUGGACAGUACGCUGGUCAGACAGGUCCAAAGACACGAAAGGUUUUCGAAAAAGCACUCGGAAAGGUCCUAUUCAUCGACGAAGCAUAUCGACUUGCAUCGGAUAGCGGACACAAUUCAUUCGCCUCGGAAGCGGUCGGGGAGAUGGUCGAUAUCCUAACCCAAGACCGGUUUCGCAAUAAACUUGUUGUCAUACUAGCAGGAUACGAGAAGGAUAUCGAUAAAUUACUAGCCACGAAUCCCGGUCUAAGCAGUCGAUUUCCCGAGACGGUGGAUUUCCAGAACUUAACCCCCGCUGAAUGCGGUCGCCUGCUUUUCCAAUCUGUCAAAAAGAAUAACAAAUUGAAUAUCACGUUCCCACAACAAUAUGUUCCUCAUGCUAGGAACAUCUUUGCUGAAUUGGCUUCGCUACCGUACUGGGGGAAUGCGCGGGAUGUACAGACCCUGGCGAAGAGAAUCAUAAAUAAGGUGCUGCUGAUGGGAAGUCGGACGUCGCGUCGCCAUGGCAAGCUAAUUCUUGGUGAAUUGAAGGCGUUACUUGAUGAGCGGCAGGAACGGGCUAGGAAUAUGACGGAAUAAGGAGUUCAGGGUGCCUCGUCAUUGAUUCUGGGGCCAAUGCAAUCGGGCGGAUGAUAUGGAAUACAUGAUGUUUUGCAUUGGGUAUCGAUGGGACGGUAGUUUAGAAAUUUUAAUCCGGAUAGGAGUACCAAGACUCACGAUUUAAGUCAUCGAAACGCCUGUUAAAAUAAAGUAGGUAACUCAAUUACAUUUUAAGUGAUGGAUAUGCC